GGCGUGCGUCACUAGAUCAACGACAAACUCUGAAAAUUCACUUAUAGAGCCCGAGUAGGGUCCAGGGGGGCGGUAGAUAACAGCCAGGUAGAGAGGCAGCGGUGCUACAGACCUCAUAGUAAGCACCUCAAAUGAUUUAUACAUUUUUGACAAAGCAUAAAACUCACUGAAGAGACAGUCGGGUAUUACAGUCGAGUAUUACAGUUUAUCUAUUUGUUUUACUUGUGACUUGGCCCUAGUGUGUGAAUGUUGUCUGUCUAUCUGUGUUGGCUCUGCGAUGAGGUGGCGACUUGUCCAGGGUGUACCCCGCCUUCUGCCCGAAUGCAGCUGAGAUUGGCUUAAUAGUUUUUGCCACGCUAACAUCAUACACAGUUUGAACUAGCACUGUGUUUGAAUAUAAGAAAAUAAAACACUACAUUUAAAUCAAGUGAUUCUUUGAGAAUCACCACCCUAGCGUAUGUAGCCAGUGGCGGUUCUAGUGUAAAUGGCACAGGGUGAAAUAAUUAUUGCCAAUUUAACCAAACCCCUCAAAUUAUGCGCAAUCUCCCAACUUUGUUCAAUCCCCACAACUUUCCAACACAUUUUAGUCAAUCAUCGUAAUUAUUUUGCCCAGUCUAAUUUAUUCAAACACUCACAUCAACUAUCUAACCAAUUAAAAUAUGUCCCUGCAUCACACUUACCAUACCAUACCAUACCAACUUUAUUUAUAAAGCCCUUUAAAAACAACCACAGUUGAAAGACAAAGGGCUGUACACCACAAAGAAAUAAAGGCAAAGGACAGACUAAAAAAUAAAAUUUACAAAAACUGAAACCAGACUGAGAGCGGUAGACGGCCAGCCACACACGACGGCGCCAUCUUGAAAUAUAUUCCUUGUUUACAUCGACACAGAUGUCGAUUUGUGGCGAUAAUCUCUCAUUGUCGCUCUUUUAUCCACUUCACGUAAGCGCCCUUCUGACACAUACAUUGUUAAGAAUUCUCCAUGUUUAUCUACGUUUUCAGAUACUUUAUUUUGAAGCAUUUUAUGACAGUGUCACUUCCGCUUCCUUCCUGUAGGGGUCACUUCCGCUUCCCUUUUGACAUGUGUUAAUGUGUGCUGACUUGUUUUCUCUGCUACGUUUAAUCGGUGCUCUAGUCUUUGACGAUGUAUGCACCUACAAGGAAGCGAUGAAUCCUUGUUUGCAGUUCCAAACUUGGAGGACGGAUCAGACAGACCAGUCCUCCAGCCCUCUCAGGUCCUCCCUCAGAUAGGAACAUACACACUGGCAAAACCUGGGGGGGAACUCUGCGUCAAAGCCACCCUUGGAGCGCAGUACAUCGUCACCUUAAAGAAGAAGAGAUGGUACUACAACUUGGACCCUUCCCAGGUCCUGUCCAGUGGUCACUGUCACAAGGAAGCUGCCGUCCUCUCUCUCACGCUACGCAAUGAUGCCGCCAGCCUGCAGUUUCACUUCAAAAAGGAGAAAAAUACUUUCUACGUCACCAAGCUGACUGCAUCUCUGUCUCCUCUGCCUCUCUGCUUAGGAUGUGCCCAUAAGACUUAUUCUGGAUUGGUGGAACAUGACAGGCUGUUUGCUGCAUCCUUCGGUCAAAGCUUCGGGUGCAAAUCAGCAAAUGUGCUCCACACAUCUUCAGAAAUGAGCCUCCGGCUGGUCCCUCUGCAAGUGCAAGCCUUCAGCGUACCUGGUGGACGUUAUGGAGAAGAUGUGGAGUGUUUGGCAGAUUUGAACAAAAGGGUCCUACCCAUUGUCCUUGGGGCCGUUGUGAUUGGACUCUUGCUGAUCGCUGCGCUGACCUUCUUAUUGGUUAGAGACAGACAUGGUUAUGACAGCCUCUGAAGGAGGUCAUGUCAGUUACAUAUAUUUUACCAUUAGCACUCAGGUUGAAGGAUAAGCUGUUGUUUAAUGUAUUUGAAAUCAUUUAAAUUUUCGUGUCUUUGAAGCAUGUGGUUACAUGACAGUUUCCCAUUUCUUUACACGGUCUUUUGCAUUGUUGUUGAACUCUGCGAGAUCUUUGUAUCUAAACUUUUGACCAUGACUAAAUAUAUA